UAUGGAGCAACCAACCUUGAGCAUAUAUAUACAUCCAAUAAUCCUAAAGGUAAAAUUGAGUAAUAGAAUGGGAAACCAAGUUUUGGUGGUGUUUCUUAGCCUCAUAGCCUUUGGUUUUGCAAUAACAUCCAAUGCUAACACAUACACAGUUGGGGAUAACUCUGGAUGGGAUAUUAGCACGAAUCUUGAUACAUGGGAACAAGACAAGAAGUUCAUCGUUGGUGAUGUUUUGGUGUUUCAGUAUGCAUCUACCGAUAGUGUGUGUGAGGUGGGCAAAGAGAGUUUUCAAACAUGCAAUACCACAAAUGUUAUAAAGUGUUUUAGCGAUGGGAAUACGUCUAUUCCGUUGACAAGUCCUGGGGAAAGGUAUUUCUUUUGUGGUAAUAGAUUGUAUUGUUAUUCUGGGAUGAAGCUCGAUGUACUCGUGGAAAGAAAUCAGUCGAUUGUGGCGGAGGCGCCUCUUACUGGUGUACCAGAGGCGGAGAGUGGUGGCUCUAAGAACAAUAAUCCUUCAACUGUUGUACCUAGCACUGCAAUGUUUGUCCGUGUUGGAUCGGAGUCGGUAUGCUUAGGGAUUUUCGGUCUUUUAGGCAUUUUGAUUUGGAUUUUUUAGUGUGUAUUAAUUUACGCACAAUUCUUGUAACAAUGCUUUUUUAUUUGAUAAAUUAAAUAAUUUAUGAUGGUUUGUGACAUUUAAAAA